AAAGUGCACUGAGGGAUCUGAGAGAGGACACCGAGCAGCUCUGAGACUCUCCGGCUUUCGUUGAAGAAAAAGGAAAGAAAAGAAAAUCCGAAGAUGCGCGUUCAGGUCGUGGCGUGCGCGUGCCUGUGCCUGCUGGUCUUGCUCGGCACGCCGUUGUCGUGCUUUGCGCGCGUUCCCGGCUGCCCCGAAAGCUGCGACAAGUCGGUGUGUCCACCGAUUCCUGCCGACUGCCAGGCUGGGAACGCGCUCGACCGCUGCAACUGCUGUCCCGUGUGCGCGUCGGGCGAGGGCGCGCAGUGUAGCACCCAGAGCGACUGCGCCGAGGGCCUGCGCUGCUCCGUGACCGACGGCGUGGCCUACAGCGCCACCGUGCGAAGGCGCGCGAAGAGCGGCGUGUGCACGUGCGAGAGCACCGAGCCGGUGUGCGGCAGCGACGGAGUGACGUACCGCAACGUGUGCGAGCUGCGCAGGGCGAGCGGGAGCGCGCAGGGUCUCGACCAACCGCCGGUGAUCGUCGUGCAGCGGGGCGCGUGCGGCAGAGGUCACGAUGGGAAUCCUGACAGCCCGCGUCACAGAUACAACUUCAUCGCCGACGUGGUGGAGAAGAUCGCACCAGCUGUGGUCCAUAUUGAACUCUACCGCAAGAUGGUGUUCACUAAGCGGGAGAUGGCAGUGGCUAGCGGCUCAGGCUUCGUCGUAUCCGAAGACGGUCUGAUCGUCACCAACGCUCACGUCGUGGCCAACAAACACCGAGUCAAAGUGGAGCUCAAGUCAGGAGCCACAUACGACGCUAAAAUCAAAGACGUGGACGAGAAAGCUGACAUCGCCCUCAUCAAGAUCGACACUCCAGUGAAGCUUCCAGUACUGUUGCUGGGCAGCUCGGCUGAUCUGAGGCCUGGCGAGUUUGUGGUCGCCAUCGGCAGCCCCUUCUCCCUCCAGAACACUGUGACAACGGGAAUCGUGAGCACCGCCCAGCGCGGCGGCAAGGAGCUUGGCCUUCGCGACUCAGACAUGGACUACAUCCAGACUGAUGCUAUCAUUAAUUAUGGAAAUUCAGGAGGACCGCUUGUGAACCUGGAUGGAGAGGUCAUAGGGAUUAAUACUCUGAAGGUGACUGCCGGGAUCUCCUUCGCCAUUCCUUCUGACAAGAUCCGCCAGUUCCUUACCGAAUCUCAUACUCGACAGGCCAAAGGAAAAACCAACACGAAAAAGAAGUAUAUUGGCGUGAGAAUGAUGAGCCUCACCCCAACUCUUGCUAAGGAGCUGAAAGGAAGGAUAGCCGAUUUCCCAGACAUCACCUCUGGAGCCUACGUCAUUGAGGUCAUUCCCAGAACCCCAGCAGAAGCCGGAGGUCUGAAGGAAAACGACGUCAUCAUCAGCAUUAACGGCCAGCGAAUCACGUCAGCCAGUGACGUCAGCGCCACCAUCAAAAAAGACAACACCCUCCGCUUGGUGGUUCGGCGAGGAAACGAGGAUGUCAUCCUCACCAUCGUGCCUGAAGAGAUUGUACCUUGACCUCUCCUCACGUCACGUCACGUCACGUCACGACUCCCCGCUCUACUUUGAGCUGGUUCUUAGCUAUAAAACGAAAGAACACAGACAUUUCAUGGAGUGUGUAUCUGGAGCCAUGCUCAUUUUGUUUUAGUCAUUUUUUUAAAAUCUUUUUUUCUGUGUAAAUCCCACGGUAUUUAAACUUCUGACAUCAGUACGCUGACAUGUUUACUCUUUUUUUUGUGUGUGUGUCUUGCUUCAAAAUCAUCAAAUCUGCAGUCUGCUAUUUCUCAGUUUUUCUUAUGAUUAUAAAAAAAAAAUCGUAUCAAUUUAAAGAAAGUCUGUUUUUUAAAGCGAUAAACUCUUGGCUGUGGGUUAUUUUUGUGUACAUCAGCGGAAUUGUUUCAUUUAUUAUUAUUAUUAUUAUUAUUAUUAUUAUUAUUUUUGUGUGUGUUCAUACUCCUGUAUUACAUUUUCACAUGUGAGAAACAGAAUAAUAGUAAUAAUAAUAAUAACAGGAUGAUGCUGGGAGUCUUACACUACCGUUCAAAAGUUUGGGGUCACCCAGACAAUUUUGUGUUUUCCAUGAAAAGUCACACUUUUAUUUACCACCAUAAGUUGUAAAAUGAAUAGAAAAUAUAGUCGAGACAUUUUUCUGGCCAUUUUGAGCAUUUAAUCGACCCCACAAAUGUGAUGCUCCAGAAACUCAAUCUGCUCAAAGGAAGGUCAGUUUUAUAGCUUCUCUAAAGAGCUCAACUGUUUUCAGCUGUGCUAACAUGCUUGUACAAGGGUUUUCUAAUCAUCCAUUAGCCUUCUGAGGCAAUGAGCAAACACAUUGUACCAUUAGAACACUGGAGUGAGAGUUGCUGGAAAUGGGCCUCUAUACACCUAUGGAGAUAUUGCACCAAAAACCACACAUUUGCAGCUAGAAUAGUCAUUUACCACAUUAGCAAUGUAUAGAGUGGAUUUCUGAUUAGUUUAAAGCGAUCUUCAUUGAAAAGAACAGUGCUUUUCUUUCAAAAAUAAGGACAUUUCAAAGUGACCCCAAACUUUUGAACGGUAGUGUAUAUCGCACUUGUAUCACAAUAUGUAAAGCUGCUUCAUUUCUGAGUAUUUAAACAUUCAACGAAUUAACCGAACUCUCACACGGAGCGUCUCCGAGUAAGCCAGCACAAACUGUUGGUGGAGUUUGGUGUCGAUCCAUCAGAAACGCACACUCGUGAUGUUAUUGAUUCGAUAUUCAUGUUAAUUCAGGCUUUAUAAACAGAAUUCAUCAGGGUGACAACAGGGUGUUAAUGUAUGUGUGAACUUGUACAAAGCUGCAGAGUUGAUCUCUCAGCAGACUAACAGGAAAUAUGAACAAUAAAACUGUCUGGGUCUUGGA